CAGACCAGUAAGGGAACUUAGUACAGAGUAGGAAUUUGGCGACCACCGAUACACUAAGACGACUCUAGCGAGGCGGAAUCAUAUCUGCAAUGGAAUUACGGAGAUCUUCCACCUGAAGGAAUAAGAAGCGUUUGGUUCGCCCAUCAUUCGUUUCGAUAACGCCCCUCAACGCCACACUACUCUCCUCUUCAAUCCCAGGUCAAAGGAUCCCCGGUCGUUGAAAGACACCGGUCUCAUACGGUUCGAUAAAGGUGGCCGACUGAUCGUGAGACAACAUCACAGUUCAUACAGUUCAUACAGAUUGCACAUCUUUAGGCCGAAGGUUGUUGGCACCGGCAGAUAUCCACAGGAUGAUCUCCACGAUUUUACCAUUCCUAGCCGAAGAGGCCCGGGACUAUCCACUUCGCAGCCUUAUAUUUCUUCUCGUUGGACUCCCGCUUACGUACUUGAUCGUAAAUGAAUUCAUUCGCCGUUCAGCACGAGUCAAGGGAUUCACUGGACCACCGAAUUGGCCCCUCGUCGGAAACAUUCCAGAUAUAACGCACAACGCCGCAGAGAAGUACCGACAAUGGUCAAAAGUGUAUGGUCCAGUGUAUCAGAUCCAACUAGGCAACGUGCCAGUCAUUGUUGUCAACAGUGCGGAGGCUGCGAGGAAGAUCUUCGGCCAGAAUAGCCAGGCAUUGAGUUCGAGGCCAGUGUUCUGGACAUUCCACAAGGUUCUUUCGAAUACCGCCGGUACUACCAUUGGUACUUCGCCAUUCAAUGAUUCUCUCAAGCGUCGAAGAAAGGGUGCUGCUUCUGCAUUGAAUAAGCCUUCGAUUGCAACCUACAUUGACCACCUAGAUGUUGAGACUAAAGACUUUGUCAAAGAGGGCUUCGAACUGGGCAAGGCUGGAAAGACCGGCGUCGACCCAAUGCCUAUGAUUCAACGUCUAUCCUUGUCGCUUUCAUUGACCUUGAAUUGGGGAACUCGUAUGGGUAGCCGCGACGAUCCGAUGUUCGACGAAAUCACUGAAGUUGAAGAGGCUAUCAGCAAGUUCAGGAGCACGACCGGAAAUCUUCAGGAUUACAUCCCGAUUAUGAGGUUGAACCCGUUCAGCUUCGGAAGCCAGAAGGCCAGGGAAAUGCGAAAGCGUCGCGAUGUCUAUUUGACACGACUCAACCAGGACUUAGACGAGAGAAUGCGGAUGGGAACCCACAAACCCUGCAUCCAAGCGAACGUCAUUCAGGACAAGGAUGCCGCAUUGAACAAGGAGGAAUUGACGAGUAUCAGUUUGACGAUGCUGUCAGGUGGCCUAGACACAAUUACGACACUAGUUCAGUGGAGUGUUGCGCUUUUGGCACAGCGUCCAGACAUCCAGAACAAAGCUGUGAAGGAGAUUCGGAAAUUCUACUCAGACAAGGAGCCUCUUUGCGAUGCGUACGAUGACCAAAAGUGCGAAUACAUUACCGCCUUGGUGAGGGAGUGUCUCAGAUAUUAUUGCGUUCUCAGACUAGCGCUACCCCGGGCGACAGUGAGGGAUGUUUUCUAUGAAGGGAAAUUGAUACCGGCGGGAAGCACCAUCUACCUGAACGCGUGGGCGUGCAACAUGGACCCGAAUGUCUGGUCCGAUCCGGAAGUGUUUCGCCCUGAGAGGUGGCUAGAGCAGCCGGAUGCGCCACUGUUCACAUACGGCUUGGGUUAUCGCAUGUGCGCGGGCUCGCUGCUUGCGAACCGAGAGUUGUAUUUGACGUACAUGCGAAUGCUGAACAGCUUCGAACUCGUGCAGGACAGCCAGGUCGACGUUCACCCGGUGUUGGGGAGCUCAGACCCAACCAGUCUUGUGACCAUGUGCAAUCACUACAAGGUUAUUUUCAAGCCUAGGAACGAAGAUGCACUGAGAAAGGCGCUUGAGCAGGCGGAAAGUAAAGCAGAGAAAGUUUGAAAACAGAUUUGUACUGGAUACUCUUAGCAUAGCAAU